UGUCUCCCCUCAAUAUCUGAUUUUAAUAUGUUUGAUUUGUUAAUUUUUCUUGCAUUAAAUUUAUGAUCAGUGCUUUUAUGAUGCAGGGAUUGUCAAACAGGAGGACAGGUGCAACUAGUAUAAAUGCAGAAAGCUCACGCUCACAUAGUGUUUUCACUUGUGUUGUUGAAUCUCGAUGCAAGAGCAAGGCAGAUGGUAUAAGCAGGUUUAAAACAAGUAGAAUAAAUCUUGUCGAUCUAGCUGGGUCAGAAAGACAGAAGUUAGCUGGUGCUGCCGGGGAACACUUGAAAGAAGCUGGAAAUAUUAUUCGUUCUCUCUCACAGCUUGGGUACGUUUCACAUGCCUUUUGUUUUUUUCUUUUUCAUGAUGAUGAGAAUUUGAGGUUUGCAGCAACAUGGGUCUUCGUUAUAGUUCACUUGAUUCAACAUCUGUACUUUAUAAGCUUCACUGCUUUGGGGUUCUCUUAAAUAGUCGAACAAAUAAUUCCUAUGUCCUCAUUAAAGACAGAGAUGCCCUCAUCUCCAAUCUUGUUGUAGGCCUUCAUUUGCCAAGGUCAUUUUCUAUGAGUAAGACUGGAUUCCCCAC